AUGUGUACCCCAAAAUUACUUUACACUAUAGAACAGCCUCAUGGUCUAGGUGAACUUUAUUUUUUAUGGCAAAAAGGCGAGUCACAUUCAUUGUUGGCAACUACUGGGACAGAUGCAACAGUUGCGAUACAUGAUCGUUCAGGUCAAUUAAUGGAAAGGAUAAAGCUACCUGGGCUUUGUGCUGGUAUGGAAUGGGAUAAUGAUGGCGAUUAUUUAGCAAUAAUAACACCAAACAGUAACACUGUGCUGCUGUGGGAGUGCCAUGCCAACAAACGCGUCAAUAUCGAGACAGGUCUAAGGGAAUCCCCUUCAUGUCUGGCAUGGUCCUAUGGGGAGCCUCUAUUAGCAAUAGGAACAUCUAAAGGAAAUCUUGCUUUAUAUAACCAUCAUACUACCAAACGCAUACCCAUAAUUGGCAAGCAUACGAAGAAAAUAACCUCGGCAGCUUGGAACAGAGAUAGCAUAUUAGUUCUAGCUUCUGAUGAUAAAAACCUAUCUAUAAAUAAUUCUGAUGGAGACACUCUUAGGAUGAUAUCGCUGAGAGAUAUUCCUAACGAUUUACAGUUCUCUGAAAUGAAGACUGAUGAAAGAGUUGCUGGUGAAAAUACUAUAAGCCUCGUUGUCGGGAAAAGAACACUGUACUUAUACAAUCUGCUAAAUCCAGAGAACCCAAUAGAACUUGCCUUUCAACAGAGAUAUGGUUCUAUUGUGUCAUACAAAUGGUAUGGAGAUGGGUACAUUCUUAUAGGAUUUAGUGCCGGAUAUAUAAUAGCUAUAUCUACCCACAUAAAGGAAGUUGGUGAAGAAUUGUUUCAGGUGAAGAAUCAUAAAGAUGGUUUGACUGAUAUCGCUAUAUUCGAUGGGCAGGCAGCGUCGUGUGGCGACGGACAAUUGAAGUUAAUAUCAGUAUGGAACAACGGUGAAGUCUCCGGGUCGGUGGUGCCCGUGGGCGGGUCCGAGCGGUGCGGGUGGAGCUCCGACGGGCGGCUGCUGGCCACCUCCGGCAGGGGCUACCUGAGCGUGUACGUCACCGCCCUGCCGCCCUUGUACGCGGCGUACGGCACCAGAGUAGUUACGUUAACUAACCUCACUGAAGUAACUGUGUACCAGUGCAUCGGAGUAGGGGAUGAAUCGGAGUCUGUUAAUAAAUCGGAGCCGGUCCCUGUCGCGCGCAUAUCGCUAGAGACAGAGCCGUCGCUGCUGGCGCUGUCGCAGUCGCACGUGUGCGCGGCGCGCGCGCAGGCGGCGUGGUUCCACGCGCUGCGCGGCGGCGUGUGGCGGCGCGCCUACCCCGCGCGCGUGGACGCCGUGCGCGUCGCGGGCGACCUCGCCGCGGUUAUGUUCCAGGGGAGGGCUAUGUUGCAUUCUAUCGAAGGGCCGGACUCCUCGCAGCCGGAGCGCGACGCCAUGAUGUUCCCCGAGCCGCAUAUGCAGGGCGCCACCAUCGUCGAUAUACAUCUUACUACAGAUUUCUUUAUAUUUGCAACGGAUCAAGGUCACAUAGAGUACUUCAGCGUGGAGGCGUGGCGCGCGUGCUGGCGGCACGCGGGCGCGGGGGGGCUGCGCGCGCUGCGCUGCGACGCGGGCGCCGCGCGCGCCGUGCUGCUGGGCGCCGGCCGCGCGCGCCUGCUGCUGGCGCCCGCCGCGCUCCUCCUCGCGCUGCCCGACCCCGACACCGACCUCGGCAGCUGUGAGUCAGUGAUCUGGGACAUGUGCCUAUCGGAGCGCAACGUGUUCGCGCUGGCGGCGGGCGGCGCGCUGCACACGUACUGCGUGGCGGCGGGCACGCGCGGCGCGCACGCGGCGCUCGUGGCGGCCACGCGCCUGGCGCCCGCGCUCGCGCCGCUGCUUAUGUUCGCUGGUGACGUGUACUGCCACGCGCCGGGAGGCAGUGUAGUCAAGGUGGCCCUAGAGUCGCACAACACGGCGGGGCUGGCGGACGCGGACACGGAGCGGCGGCUCGCCAACCAGCGCGCGCACAUCGACAAGCUGGUGGCGCUGCGCCGCUUCCACGACGCCUGGCUGUUCUGCGACGCCGUGGACGAGGAGCCCAUGUGGAGGAAGUUGGGGGAGGCCGCCAUCGAGGAUCUCAAUGUGGAGUUUGCAAUCCGAGUGUAUACAAGGCUCAGCGACGUUGCCAUGGUGUGGGCUUUGGAAGAUGCUCUGCAUAUAGAAGAAAUACCUAUAUUAUGCGGCAUGCUGUGCGCGUGCCUCGGCAACGGCGAGGCGGCGGCGCGCUGGCUGGAGGGCGCGCGCGGGGCGGCGGCCGCGCUGGCGCUGGAGCUGCACGCGGCGCGCGGCGACUGGGCGCGCGCGGCCGCGGCGGCGGCGGCGUGGCCGGCGCGCGCGCCCGCCGUGCUGCUGCACCAGGCCACGCAUCUGGACCUAACAGCUGACUACCACGAAGCUUUAGCAACUUACGAGAAGAGUAUGAUUACGGAAAAAACAAACGAUAUCAAAGUUAAGGAACACAACGCAAAAUGUGAAGCCGGCAUCGCGCGCAUGUCCAUACGAUGCGGAGACGUCAUGAGAGGAGUUACAACCGCGAUGAAAUAUUCCCACGACACAAGUUUACUAAAAGACUGUGCCCAAUUACUUGAAGAAGAAAAACAAUACUCCCACGCAGCAGCUCUUUACGAUCACGCCGGGAACACAGAAAAGGCGGCGUCCCUAUACAUCAAGCUGAAGUCUUGGCUCAAAGUCGAAUCUCUUAUACCAAAGAUCAAAUCGCCAAGUAUUCAUCUACAAUAUGCGAAAGCUAAAGAGGCAGAAGGCAGAUAUAGUGAUGCUCUAAAAUCAUAUUUGAAAGCGCAAGACUUCGAGUCGGCAAUACGGUUAAAUUUAGACAAACUGGAUGACAUUGACGAAGCAGUUCAUUUAGUGCAAGAGACAAAGUCCGUGCAAGGUGCUAAAAUGGUGGCGAAUUAUUUCCAAAACACCGAUGAUCCGACAUCAGCGAUAAAGUUUUUAGUGAUGUCCCUGUGCUAUGACGAGGCGUUUCAGUUGGCGAGGAAGAAUGGCAAGUUGCACUUGUACGGGGAGAUAUUGAUACAAACGUCACAAGCGCGGUCGGAGGAUUUCAAGAGUCUCGCGUUGCAUUUUGAAGGAGAAAAAAACUAUUUGUUAGCGGGAAAGUUCUAUUUUCACGCCGGCGAGUAUGGAAAAGCUAUGACACAUUUGUUGAAGGCGGGGGCGUCGGAUACUGAGGAAAAUGAAGCAAUUACGAUCGCGAUUGAUGCUGCCGCUGCGAGCGAUGAUGAGAGGCUGGCUAGAAGGUUGAUAGAAUUUUUGCUUGGCGAAACAGAUGGGAAUCCGAAGGAUCCGAGACAUUUGUUCCGUCUUUAUAUGGCUAAAAAGCAGUUUAACGAAGCUGCCAAAACUGCUGUGAUAAUAGCGGGCGCGGAGUGCGCGGCGGGGCGCUACCGCGAGGCGCGCGACGCGGCGCGCGUCUCCUGCGCCGCACUGCGCGCGCGCGCCACCGCGCCGCCGCGCGACCUGGCGCGCGCGCUCGCCGCCGCGCACACAUACAUGCUGGUGACCGGCACGCACACACACGCACGGACGCCCGCACGCACACACGCACGCCCACACGCACGCACACCCGCACGCACACACGCGCGCACACCUUCGUGCGUGAACGUGCGCACGCAC